AUGAAUCCUUCAACUCUAUCACGUGUCUCUGUCAUAUCUGAUCACCUCACUGCCAAUAUGUCCCAACUUGAAAGCAAUAAUACAUCAGGUAACAACAAGAAGGGUAAAGAAGAGGUACAAGACUUUGUAGAGAUCUUUCCAAUUCUGAAGAAUGAAAUCCUCAAAGAUCUUCCAUCGAUGGACAUUCCAGAGCCAGCAAGACAUUGGAUCAGUAUGAACAUUGAAAAGAAUGUAGCCGGUGGAAAGAUGAAUCGUGGUUUGACCGUUAUUCACUCACUUCAACUAUUGGUUGAAGGUCGUCAACUCACUAGAAGUGAGGUGUUUAAGGCAAACGUUUUGGGUUGGUGUAUUGAAUGGUUGCAAGCUUUCUUUUUAGUUUCUGAUGAUAUUAUGGAUCAAUCAAUUACCAGAAGAGGUGCUCCAUGUUGGUACAGAACCAAUAAUCCAAUUUCAAAGGAUCAAAAUGCUUUAGUUGGUAAUAUUGCAAUCAAUGAUUCAUUUAUUCUCGAAUCUUGUAUCUAUAUUUUAAUCAAAAAGUAUUUCAGAAAUGAAGCCUACUAUGCCGAUGUUAUGGACCUCUUCCACGAAGUUACCUACCAAACCGAACUUGGACAACUUCUUGAUCUCACCACUCAACCAAACCGUGGUGACUUUUCACUCUUCCAAUUGGACACUUACAACCGUAUCGUCAAAUACAAGACAUCAUACUAUUCAUUCUAUCUCCCAGUUGCAUUGGCAAUGUUGAUGGCCGGUAUCACCAGCAAGCCUGCCUUUGAUACUGCUCAAGAUAUUCUCUUGCCAAUGGGUGAAUACUUUCAAAUUCAAGACGAUUACUUGGACUGUUAUGGUGAUCCAUCAGUGAUUGGUAAGAUUGGUCGUGACAUUGAAGAGAACAAGUGUUGUUGGUUGAUCUGUCAAGCCAUUCUCCAUGGCACUCCAGCUCAAAUCGAUGCUCUCAAGAAGCACUAUGGUCGUGACAGCAAAGAAGAUGUAUCCAUUGUCAAAAAGAUCUACGCAGACAUUGACAUUCAAAAGAUCUUCCGUAAAUACGAAGACGAGUCCUACCAAUACCUCAUCAAGAAGAUCAAGAACGUCAGAAUCAUGCCACAAGAAGUUUUCCUCAAGUUACUCUCAAAGAUUUACAAGAGAGAAUUAGAGAGAGAAGAGAAAUAUAAGAUAUUAAUAUCUUCUGGGUACUUUGUAUUACAAAAAGCUCAAAUGUCAAACUUUUUACAAAAAGUAUUAAAAUCACCCUCUACUACUAAUCUCUUACAACACAACAACAACAACAACGGCUUGGCACUUCAGCAAAAGAAUUCUAAUAAUCAAAACAACAACAAAGGGGAGGAAUUCAAUUUUGGACAACUGUCAUCUAGUGCUCCAACACCCAACAUACUUAUAUCAGAGUUGCAUGACCAAUCUACAGUGUUAGACUUGCAAUCAAUGCAUCAACAACAACUACAACAAAGUUCAUCGACAGAGUUGUCAGACGAAUUAAAUUGCUUUCCACAACCACCCAACAGCAAUAGUAGUAGUAGUAGUAGUAGUAGCACACACCAAAGAGUAACAGAUUCAACAAGAUCUGAUAGUUCAACAUCAUUGUCUAGUGCCACCACAUUUUCACAACACCACCAACACCACCAACAACAACAACAACAACAACAUAGUAGCAGCAAUGGUAAUCAAUACAAUACCAUAACAACAUCACCAUUGCAAGUGAAUCCACUCACUCGACAAUAUAGCAACACAUCUAUAAAAUCUGAUGAUUCUGCUGGAUCACUAUCACCAACACAAACCAUCAAUAGUGAUCGUAGUCGUAGUAGUAACAACAGUGCUGGUAGUACUACUAAUAUUAGUGCUGUCAGCAGUGCCUCUACAUCUACCACCAAUCUUUUUAAUCAUAUUCCUCUUUCACCCAUUGCUAUCAUAUCACCAUCUUCAUCAGAACAAAUAAACAACAGUGUAGACAAUAACAAGAAAUCAUCAUCAUCAUCAUCUAAAAAGAAAAACAAAGCAGCAACCAUUUUAGGACAAGAUGAUAAUACAACGACGGAAUCACAACAUAAUACAAGUGGUAGUGGAGGAAAGAGUCUAUUUAAAAAGACAGCACAACUUUUAAAUCCUGUAGAAAUAUUCCACCGAGGAACUGCAUCAUUGUCAGGCAGCAGCAGUAGUAGCAAAUCACACCACAAGAGAUCAAAGUCACAAAAGUUUGAUCCAAGCACAGAAAUAUCAACACCUUACAAUGUAAUUCACAAGAUGCAUGUAGACUUUGAUCUAAAGUGGACAGGUCACAAUGAUUUUGUGUUGGAUGAAAAAUUGGGUGACGGUGCCUAUGGUUCAGUGUACAAGGGUACACACAAAGAUCUUGGAUUUACAUUGGCAAUCAAAGUAAUCGAAAUGAAAGAAUCAGAGAGUCAAUCACUUCAAAAUGAAAUUAAUAUCCUAAAGAAUUGUAAAAGUCCAAAUGUUGUUUCCUAUUUUGGUUCACUUCAAAAUCAUGAUAAAAUUUGGAUUUUAAUGGAUUUUUGUUCAUCUGGAUCAAUUAGAGACAUUAUAGAAUCUACUGAAAAGACUUUAAAUGAAUCACAAAUUGCCUUUGUCGUUAAGAAUACCCUAAAAGGACUCAUUUAUCUACAUAGUCAAAAUAUUAUUCAUCGUGAUGUAAAGGCUGCUAAUAUUUUACUUUCUGAAAGUUCUGAAGUUAAAAUUGCUGACUUUGGAGUAAGUGAAAAAUUAAAUGGAGCAUUUGAUCAAUCAAAGGAAAUGAUUGGUACACCAUUAUGGAUGGCACCAGAAGUUAUUUUAAAGAAAUCCUAUGAUUACAAAGCAGAUAUAUGGUCAUUGGGUAUCACUAUUAUUGAAAUGGCAGAUGGACUACCACCUCACAUGGAUAUGAACCCAAUGAGAGCUAUGAAAAUGGUACCCAUUUGGCCACCUCCAACAUUUAACGAACCAAAGAAAUGGUCACCUCUAAUGAAUGAUUUCCUAGCAAAAUGUCUCAUCAAGAAUCCUCAAAAGAGACCAUCACCAAAGGAACUACUUAACCAUCCAUUCUUGAAAAAGACUAGAGGUCCUGAAGUAUUGGCUGACCUCAUCAACCAAGUUUUUAGAAUUAAAAAAAAGAAAUAUGAUGAAAUUAAAAAGAAUCAAAAGAACAACAACAAUGAUAAUAAUAAUAAUCAUCAUCAACAUCAACAUCAUCAACCAAUGCAACCAGAUAGAGAAGUAAAUGAUUAUGAAAGUGUAUCAACAUCCUAUACAGUAGAUUCCAAUGGUGGUGAUAACAAACAGCAGUAUCAACUUGGUACUGCUACUCGGGGUACAAUGGUAUUUAAAGGAAUGUAUGAAACUUGUAGAGAUUUCCAAGAAGAGGAUGAUGAAAGAGCUGCUGCCCUUCAAAAUCUCGAUGACGAUGAUGAAGAAGAAGAAAUAGAUGCCUUUAGUACAACUGUAUUCCAUGGUCAUAAAAAUCAAUCAAUCGAUGAUGACGCAGAACAAGAAGAAGAAGAGGAAGAUGAUGAUGAUGAUGAUGAUGAUGACGACGACGAAAACAAUGAUGACGACGAUGAAGAAUAUUCAUCAACUGGAACAAUGGUUGUAAAAAAGAAAAAGAAACCUCUCCACAAGAAAUCAUCACUUCCACCACAAAAACCAUUACCUGCUCUUCCUACUCCUCUGGUAAACCAAAAUACAUUUACUCGUGCAGAGUUUAGUGAGGUUAUUAAUGGAAUGGAAAACAAGUUACUCUCGUAUAUCGAUACACAAAAUAGCAAACUCGUUCAAGACAUAAAGAAUGACUUUAAACAACUUGAAAAUAGUAUCUUUUCUCACAUCAACAGAGAAUUACAAAAUGUAAUAUCAACCGUAGUCGCUCAAAAACUACAACCUCUUAUUCAAUCAAUGGAUGAUUUAAAGCAACAACAACAAAUCAUUCAACAACAAAAAACAACAGAUGAAAAGAAUAGAUGUUCUUCACCGAUUUUAAUUCAAAGACAACAAGGAGGAAAAUCUGUUGAACUCUCUAGUAGUAGUAGUAUUACAAACUCACCUGGUGGUGGUUCUGGUUUCCGUCCACUCUCGGCACCAGUUAUUCACAGUACUCUGUCACCCACUACCGCAACUAUAACCAAUAGUGCCAGUAGUAGUUCGAUUGAAAGUGUCCCAAUUUCCCCAGGGAUCCCAAUCGAAAAGGGAUUGACAGCAACAACAACAACAAGUAGAACUUCUUCAAUUAGUAGUGGUAGUGGAUCAUCAUCGCCAACGAUUCCACAUGCAAAGGCAGCACCCAUACUUAAAAGAAUGUCAUCGAUACCCAAUAAAAUGUCACCAACCUCAUCACCAAUGUCGUCACCAUCAAUGACACCAUUAAACCACCAACAACAUAACUCUGUACUAGUCAAACAACAACAACAACAACAACAACAACAACAACAACAACAACAACAAGAUUCACUUUCAAGUUCAUCUGAUAAUAUUAUUAUACAACAACCAUCUCUCUCGUCAUCAACAUCUUCGUUAAUGCCCUCUUCAUUGUCGUCAUCAUCCAACAACAACAAUGAAAGAAAAUCUGUAUUCUACCAAGACGAUCACAUUGAUGCAUCUCAACACUUAGUAACAGAUAAAAGAAAAAUUUUUGAUCAACUAAAAUAA